AUCAAACCAACCACUCCUCCUUAUCGCCACUGCCAGCAAGACACGCGCAAUCAUGUCUGACCACGAGGAGAACGCUCCCAAGCCCGAGCCUGAGCAGCUCAACAUCAAGGUCAAGGACAGCGACGGAAAUGAGGUCUUCUUCAAGGUCAAGAAGCACACCAAGCUCGCCAAGCUGCAGAAGGCCUACGCGGAGAGGAUGGGCAAGCCCUUUACAUCCAUCCGCUUCGUGUUCGACGGUCAGCGCAUCAACGACGAGGACACAGCUGACUCGAUGGGCAUGGAGGACGGCGACGAGAUCGACGCUCUGCCCGAGCAAUUGGGAGGCUGCAAUUAGGCGCUGCACACCCUUUCCUUCUUGUCACCUUGUCGACGUGUGAAUGGAUGGACGGAUCGCUCGCUGAAUUGACCAGGACGGCAACAUCGGCAACGACGUCCUCCUUGCUCGCUCGGCCCAUAUGACCCGCUACCAUUCGAUGUACACUCAACCUCCCUUCCAUCCGUUCAUCACCUUCACUCGCCACCUUGUUCCGCUGAUGCGAAUUUCAAGACGAUGUUCCUGAUUGCGAACGGGAUGAUGAGCUGUUGCGCUUGGGCGCGUCGGUCGCGUUGUGCCGACUUGCCUGCUAGGCAGAUUGGGUCGGCCCUGUCUGGUUUGCUCUGACCUCCCAUUGUCACCCUCCAAUCCACCUUGCCUUCCA